UGAGUUAAAUGAUUUGUUUAGACAUCGUCCGCCAGCCCCUCGAUCUCCAGCUUUCUGCUGGACCAUGGAGUUGAGAGCAGCCCACAAAAGUGCGGGGUCAUCGCUCCCUAUCUAAAAUGCAAGAGAGUGGUCUCACAGCAAAGUUAUAUCUCUAACUUAAGGCAAACUCAUAAAAUGAUUGUAUUCGGAUUUUCUAGGUUAACAAGUGAAGUCAAAGAAUAAUUGAAAUGUUGGAAACGGUCUUUCCGAUGUUAAAUUAUCGCUCGAGCUCUGGAGCAUCCGCCCGUGCAUGAACCCUCCCACUGAAACGAAAGAAAGUUCGGUGUAACCGUGAUGGCCAUGUCUGAUAAGAUGUCCAGCUUUCUCCACAUUGGGGAUGUGUGCUCCUUAUAUGCUGAAGGCUCCACCUGCGGGUUCAUCAGCACUUUGGGAUUGGUUGAUGACCGCUGUGUGGUUCAGCCAGAUGCAGGAGACCUUAACAACCCUCCCAAGAAGUUCAGAGACUGUCUCUUUAGACUGUGUCCCAUGAACAGAUACUCAGCACAGAAGCAGUUCUGGAAGGCAGCCAAACCCGGAGGAACCAGCACCACAGACACAGUCCUGCUCAACAAACUUCAUCAUGCUGCUGACCUGGAGAAGAAGCAGAACGACUCUGAAAACAAGAAGCUCCUUGGGACAGUGAUCCAGUAUGGCAACGUCAUCCAGAUGCUUCAUCUGAAGAGUAAUAAGUACCUGACGGUAAAUAAGCGUCUGCCGGCCCUGCUGGAGAAGAACGCCAUGCGGGUCACACUGGACGCCGCUGGCAACGAGGGCUCCUGGUUCUACAUCCAGCCCUUCUACAAGCUCCGCUCCAUAGGAGACAGUGUGGUCAUAGGGGACAAAGUGGUGUUAAACCCAGUAAAUGCUGGACAACCUCUUCAUGCUAGCGGUCAUCAGUUAGUGGACAACCCCGGAUGCAAUGAGGUGAACUCGGUGAACUGUAACACCAGCUGGAAGAUCGUUCUGUUUAUGAAAUGGAGUGAUAACCAGGAAAUUGUUCUGAAAGGAGGUGAUGUGGUACGCCUUUUCCAUGCUGAGCAGGAGAAGUUCCUGACCUGUGACGACCACAGGAAGAAACAGUAUGUCUUCCUCCGCACCACCGGACGACAGUCUGCCACCUCGGCAACCAGCAGCAAAGCCUUAUGGGAAGUGGAGGUGGUCCAGCACGACCCAUGCAGAGGAGGAGCUGGAUACUGGAACAGCCUUUUCCGGUUCAAACACCUGGCCACUGGGCACUACUUGGCAGCAGAGGUGAACACAGAGUAUGAGGACGAUGGACUGGAGCCUCGCUCAUCCGAGCGAGUUAUGUACACUCUGGUGGCUGUUCCUGAUGGCAACGACAUCUCCUCCAUCUUCGAGUUGGACCCUACCACUCUCCGAGGGGGAGACUCUCUGGUACCCAGGAAUUCCUACGUGAGGCUCCGGCAUCUAUGCACCAACACAUGGGUCCACAGCACCAACUACCCCAUAGACAAGGAGGAGGAGAAACCGGUCAUGCUCAUGAUUGGCACAUCUGCCCAGAAGGAGGAUAAAGAGGCAUUUGCCAUUGUGCCAGUCUCCCCUGCUGAGGUCAGAGACUUGGACUUUGCCAACGACGCCAGCAAAGUCUUGGCAUCCAUCGCUGGCAAACUGGAGAAGGGCACCAUCACCCAGAACGAGCGCAGGGCGGUCACUAAGCUGCUGGAGGACCUGGUGUAUUUUGUAGUGGACAUCCCCAACAGCGGGCAGGACGUGCUGGAGAUCAUGGUCAACAAGCCCAACAGAGAGCGACAGAAGCUCAUGAGGGAGCAGAACAUCCUCAAACAGAUCUUCAAGCUGCUGCAGGCUCCGUUCACAGACAGCGGUGACGGCCCCAUGCUCCGUCUGGAGGAGCUGGGUGACCAGCGCCACGCCCCUUUCAGGCACAUCUGCCGCCUCUGCUACCGGGUGCUGCGCCACUCACAGCAGGACUACAGGAAGAACCAGGAGUACAUAGCCAAGCAGUUUCGCUUCAUGCAGAAGCAGAUUGGCUACGAUGUGUUGGCUGAGGACACCAUCACGGCCCUGCUGCACAACAACCGCAAGCUCCUGGAGAAGCACAUCACCGCCGCCGAGAUCGACACCUUCGUCAGCCUCGUCAGAAAGAACAGAGAGCCCAGGUUCCUGGACUACCUCUCUGACCUGUGUGUCUCCAUGAAUAAGUCCAUCCCUGUCACUCAGGAGCUGAUUUGCAAUGCUGUGUUGGAUCCAGCUAACGCAGACAUCCUGAUUGACACAAAGCUGGUGCUGUCGCGGUUUGAGGUGGCGGGCGCGGCGCUUGGUGAGAGUGCGGAGGAGGAAGAGGAGGAUGAGGAGGAGGUGUGGCUCUUCUGGAAGGACAGCAGCGGAGAGGUGAAGAGUAAGAGCAUCAGGGAGCUGGCCCAGGACGCUAAAGAGGGACAGAGGGAGGACCAGGAGGUCAUCAGCUACUACAGGUACCAGCUGAACCUGUUUGCGAGGAUGUGCCUGGACCGGCAGUACCUGGCCAUCAACAAGAUCUCGGGCCAGCUGGACGUGGACCUGAUCCUGCGCUGCAUGUCGGACGAGGACCUGCCCUACGACCUGCGCGCCUCCUUCUGCCGCCUCAUGCUGCACAUGCACGUGGACCGCGACCCCCAGGAGCAGGUCACGCCCGUCAAGUACGCGCGCCUCUGGUCCGAGAUCCCCUCCCAGAUCGCCAUCGACGACUACGAUAAUGACGGCACGUCGCGAGACGAGGUGAAGGAGCGCUUCUCCCAGACCAUGGAGUUUGUGGAGAACUACCUGCGUGACGUGGUCUGCCAGAGCUUCCCUUUCGCGGACAAGGAGAAGAACAAGCUCACCUUUGAGGUGGUGAAUCUGGCCAGGAAUCUGAUCUACUUUGGCUUCUACAACUUCAAUGACCUGCUGCGCUUGACCAAGAUCCUGCUGGCCAUCCUUGACUGUGUGCACGUCAGCUCAUUCCCUGUCAAGCUGGACAGAGAGCCAGGGAAAGGCAGCAACGUCAUGCGCUCCAUCCACGGGGUUGGGGAGCUGAUGACGCAGGUGGUUCUGAGGGGGGGAGGCUUCCUGCCUCUGACGCCGUCCACCCCCCAAGAUGGAGACGCGGUGAAGGCCACCACGGAACCCCAGAAGCAGGACAUCCUGGUCAUGGACACCAAACUCAAGAUCAUAGAGAUUCUCCAGUUCAUCCUGAAUGUGAGGCUUGAUUACCGCAUCUCCUGCCUGCUCUGCAUCUUCAAGAAUGAGUUUGACGAGAGCAAUCCUCAGGCUGACCCGUCCACCACCCAGGACGCACAGGCCAACGUGCAGGGUGCGCUGGACUUUGAGCACAUAGAGGAGCAAGCAGAAGGCAUCUUUGGGGGAAGUGAAGAAAACACUCGUCUGGACCUGGAUGACCACGGUGGCCGGACCUUCCUGCGGGUUCUUCUCCACCUGACCAUGCACGACUACCCUCCUCUGGUGUCCAAAGCCCUGCAUCUGCUUUUCAGGCACUUCAGCCAGAGACAGGAGGUGCUGCAGGCCUUCAAGCAGGUCCAGCUGCUGGUGACCAGUCAGGACGUGGAGAACUACAAGCAGAUCAAGAGCGACCUGGACCAGCUGCGCUCCAUCGUGGAGAAGUCCGAGCUGUGGGUCUACAAGAGGCAGGGCGGCGACUCAGGCAUGGACACAGGGGACAAUAUGGCAACUGACACACACCAUAAGGGGGAUUCCAAUGUAGGUGGUUCAGACAACCCAAAGAAAGUAGAGAGCACCAGCAGCUCCAACUAUAGACUGGUGAAGGAGGUGUUGUUGCGUCUCAGUAGGCUGUGCGUGCUGGACAGUCUAUCGGGCCGGAAGAGUAAGAAGCAGCAGCAGAGGCUCCUGAGGAACAUGGGGGCUCACAGUGUGGUGCUGGAGCUGCUGCAGAUCCCCUACGAGAAGGGCGAGGAUGUCCGCAUGCAGGAGAUCAUGACUCUGGCUCAUCAGUUCCUGCAGAACUUUUGCGCUGGGAAUCAACAGAACCAGGCACUUUUGCACAAGCACAUCAACCUGUUCCUCAACCCAGGGAUCCUGGAGGCAGUGACCAUGCAGCACAUCUUCAUGAACAACUUCCAGCUGUGCAGCGAGAUCAACGAGCGCGUCGUGCAGCACUUUGUCCACUGCAUCGAGACCCACGGCCGGCACGUCCAGUACCUCAAGUUCCUGCAGACCAUCGUCAAAGCCGAGAACAAGUUCAUCAAGAAGUGCCAGGACAUCGUCAUGGCCGAGCUUGUGAACGCGGGCGAGGACGUGCUGGUGUUCUACAACGACCGCGCCUCCUUCCAGACGCUGGUGCAGAUGAUGCGUCUGGAGCGCGAGCGCUUGGACCCCAACAGUGCGCUGCGCUACCACAUCCACCUGGUGGAGCUGCUGGCCGUCUGCACCGAGGGCAAGAACGUCUACACCGAGAUCAAGUGCAACUCCCUGCUGCCGCUGGACGACAUCGUGCGCGUGGUCACUCACGAGGACUGCAUCCCCGAGAUGAAGAUGGCGUACGUGAACUUCCUGAACCACUGCUACGUGGACACUGAGGUGGAGAUGAAGGAGAUCUACACCAGCAACCACAUGUGGAAGCUCUUCGAUGACUUCCUGGUGGAUAUCUGCAGAGUGUGUAACAACACGAGUGACAGGAAGCACGCCGACACGGUGCUGGAGCGCUACGUGACCGAGACCAUCAUGAGCAUCGUCACCACCUUCUUCAGCUCGCCCUUCUCUGACCAGAGCACCAGCCUGCAGACGCGGCAGCCGGUGUUCGUGCAGCUCCUGCAGGGCGUGUUCCGAGUCUACCACUGCAACUGGCUGGUCCCAGGUCAGAAGGGCAACGUGGAGAACUGCAUCAAGGUGCUCAGCGAUGUCGCCAAAAGCCGAGCGAUCGCGAUCCCUGUGGACCUGGACUGCCAGGUAAACAACCUGUUUGUGAAGUCCAACAACAUUGUGCAGAAGACGGCGCUGAGCUGGAGGCAGUCGGCUCGGAACGCCGCCCGGAAGGACUCGGUGCUCGCCACCUCCCGGGACUACAGGAACAUCAUCGAGAGGCUACAGGACAUAGUGUCCGCGUUGGAGGAACGCCUGAGGCCUCUGGUGCAGGCCGAGCUGUCGGUGUUGGUGGACGUCCUGCAUCGGCCUGAGCUUCUAUUCCCAGAGCACACUGAGGCCCACCGCAAGUGUGAGAGCGGAGGCUUCAUCUGCAAGUUGAUUAAGCACACCAAGCAGCUGCUGGAGGAGAACGAGGAGCGUCUGUGCAUCAAGGUGCUACAGACGCUCAGGGAGAUGAUGACCAAAGACCGCGGCUACGGAGAGAAGCUCAUGGCCUAUGAUGAUGACAUGGACGUGGCUAAGGAAGUGGAUCUGAGCCAGCCUCAGAAACAGCGCGAGGACCAGCGGAGGGGUGAGGCACUGAGGCAGAUUCUGGUGAACCGUUACUAUGGCAACUUCAGAACGGGAGGUAGACGAGAGAGCCUGACGACCUUCAGUAACACCGCCCUCACACCUGUUGCACCAGUGAAGAGCCAAUCAGGUGGUGGCGGCCUGAGUCGGGCAGAGAUGUCCCUGGCAGAAGUUCAGUGCCACCUGGACCGUGAGGGGGCAUCUGACUUGGUCAUCGACCUCAUCAUGAACACCAGCAGUGACCGCGUCUUCCACGAGAGCAUCCUAUUGGCCAUCGCCCUGCUGGAGGGCGGGAACACCACUAUACAGGGCUCUUUCUACUGUCGUCUGAUGGAGGAUAAGAAGUCGGAGAAGUUUUUCAGAGUGUUCAACGACCGCAUGAAAGCAGCCCAGAUGGAGAUCAAAGCCACAGUCAGCGUGAACACCAGUGACCUUGGCAACAAGCGCCGUGACGACCAUGCCCCAGACAAAGAGACGCCUCAGAAGAGAAGAGUGAAGGACGGCGUGGUGGUGACGGACGAGGCUCGCGACCAGCUGGUGGAGGCCUCGGCCAUCACCAAGAAGGCGUACAGCUCGUACCGGCGCGAGGCCGAGCCCGAGGAGGUGUGCGGGCCGGCCGAGGGCCAGCAGAGUGCCGGCGACAAGGCGGCCGACAACGGCGAGAUGAGCUUCGUCAUCCUCAUCAUGCAGCCCAUCCUGCGCUUCCUGCAGCUGCUGUGCGAGAACCACAACCGCGACCUGCAGAACUUCCUGCGCUGCCAGAACAACAAGAACAACUACAACCUGGUGUGCGAGACGCUGCAGUUCCUGGACUGCAUCUGCGGCAGCACCACGGGAGGCCUGGGUCUGCUGGGCCUCUACAUCAAUGAGAAGAACGUGGCGCUCAUCAACCAGACCGUCGAGAGCCUCACCGAGUACUGCCAGGGGCCCUGCCACGACAACCAGAAUUGUAUAGCCACCCAUGAGUCCAACGGCAUUGACAUCAUCACCUCUCUGAUCUUGAAUGACAUCAACCCUCUGGGCAGGAAAAGAAUGGACCUGGUAUUGGAACUGAAGAACAAUGCCUCAAAGUUGUUGCUGGCCAUAAUGGAAAGUCGCCAUGACAGUGAAAAUGCGGAGAGGAUUCUUUACAACAUGCGCCCGAAAGAACUUGUGGAAGUUAUGAAGAAAGCUUACCAGCAGGGGGAGACAGAGUUCGAGGAUCCCGAGGAGCAGGAGGACAACGGAGACGAUUACGCUGCAUCGCCACGGAACGUUGGACACAACAUCUACAUUCUUGCCCAUCAGCUGUCCCGACACAACAAGGAGCUGCAGAUCCUGCUGAAGCCUGGAGGAGACGACCAGGCGCUGGAGUACUACACUGAGCACACCUCCCAGAUAGAGAUAGUGCGUCAGGACCGCACGAUGGAGCAGAUAGUGUUCCCGGUGCCCAACAUCUGCUCGUUCCUGACGCCCGAGUCCAAGCUGCGCGUCUACUACAGCACGGAGCGGGACGAGCAGGGCAGCAAGAUCAACGACUUCUUCCUGAGCGCCGACGACCUCUACAGCGAGAUGAGGUGGCAGAAGAAACUCCGAGCCAAGCCAGUGCUGUACUGGUGUUCCAGGAACAUGUCGUUCUGGAGUAACAUCUCCUUCAACCUGGCCGUGCUCAUUAACGUGCUCGUGGCCUUCUUCUACCCUCUGGAGGCCGUGAGCGGAGUCACGCUGGACCCGUCCCUGUCGGCGCUGCUGUGGGUGUGUGUGCUGGCGUCGUGGAGCAUGGUGCUGGUGGUGCCACAGCCCCACGGCGUGCGCGCCCUCAUCGCCUUCACCAUCCUCAGGCUCAGCUUCUCCGUCGGCCUGGAGCCCACGCUCUCACUGCUGGGAGCCUUCAACGUGUGUAACAAGAUCAUUUUUCUGCUGAGUUUCGUGGGUAACCGGGGCACGUUCACACGCGGCUACAAGGCCAUGGUGCUGGACGUGGAGUUCCUGUACCACCUGCUGUACCUGAUCAUCUGCUCGCUGGGCCUGUGUGGACACUGCUUCUUCUACAGCUUACUGCUCUUUGACCUGGUGUACCGGGAGGAGACGCUGCUGAACGUGAUCAAGAGCGUGACGCGUAACGGCCGCUCCAUCGUGCUGACCGCUGUGCUGGCCCUCAUCCUGGUCUACCUCUUCUCCAUCGUGGGCUACAUCUUCUUCAAGGACGACUUCAUCCUGGAGGUGGACAGGAUACCCAACAGCACUAUGGAGGAGGGGGCCAGUAUGGCUAGUGAUGUCAUCCCUGUAUGUCGCACAGAGAACGGUGACCCCUGCGUUUCAGAAGACCAAGAUGAUGACUCGGACGGGGAGAGAGCGUGUGACACGCUGCUGAUGUGUAUCGUCACCGUGUUGAGUCACGGCCUGAGAAGUGGAGGGGGAGUGGGAGACGUGCUCCGUAAACCAUCGAAAGAGGAGCCUCUGUUUGCAGCCAGGGUGGUGUAUGACCUGCUGUUCUUCUUCAUGGUCAUCAUCAUCGUGCUGAACCUGAUCUUUGGCGUGAUCAUCGACACCUUCGCCGACCUCAGGAGCGAGAAGCAGAGGAAAGAGGAGGUGCUCAAGACCACCUGUUUCAUUUGUGGGCUGGAGCGCGACAAGUUUGACAACAAGACGGUGACGUUCGAGGAGCACAUCAAGGAGGAGCACAACCUGUGGCACUACCUCUUCUUCAUCGUGCUGGUCAAGGUCAAGGACUCCACAGAGUACACGGGGCCCGAGAGCUACGUGGCCCAGAUGAUCAAGGAGCACAACCUGGACUGGUUCCCCCGGAUGCGCGCCAUGUCCCUGGUGAGCAGUGACGGUGAGGGCGAGCAGAACGAGCUGCGCUGCCUGCAGGAGAAGCUGGACUCCACCAUGAGGCUCGUGUCCAACCUCACCAACCAGCUCACCGACCUCAAGGAGCAGAUGACGGAGCAGAGGAAGCAUAAGCAGAGGAUCGGUCUGCUGGGAAACCCUGGCCACCUCAACGUCGCCCAGCAACCUGCCUGAGCUCUGUGUGUGUGUGUAUGUGUGUGAGAGAGAGAGUGUGUGUGUGUGUGUGAGAGAGAGAGAGAGCAAGUGUGCGUGUGUGUGUGUGUGUGUGUGUGUGUGUGUGUGUGUGUGUGUGUGUGUGUGUGUGUGUGUGUGAGUGUGCGAGAGAGAGAUAUAGAGCAGGUGUGCGUGUGUGUGUGUGUGUGUGUGUGUGUGUGUGUAUAAACACCUGAAUAUAUAUAUAUAUUUGUGUUUGCCACACACACUAUUGUGACUGCACUGAUACAUCAGCCUGAAGAGUGUGGCACAAGCCAAGUACAUCACCAGAAGUGCCAAAUGUUAGAACAUUGUGACAGAUAUUUAACAUAGCUGACAAAGAAAAAGGGGUAUAUAGAAGGAAAUUUGAAGGAAUAUUUGUGUUUUUAUAAUUAUAGAGAAUGACAUAUAUUAUAUUGUUUUAGUUGCAUUUCAACUGAAGAGUCAGAAACAGUAUUGAGCUCUCAUUUGUUGUGCAAUAAUUAUUUUACCAUCACCAACCAUCGCAUGUGAUCGUCCAAAAACCCCACAUCUUCUGUAAACCCUACUGAAAACGUAUGUCAUGGCGCAUUGUCCUGCCAUGCUGUCUGGGACACUAGUUUUAAAGAGAUGAAGAAUGUUCUGAGGAAGGGCCUCGUCUUAAGUUUCUCUCAGAGUUAAUCACUCAUGUUACAUUCCACUGUAACAACCAACCAAUAACACAGAAGUUUACUGUAUGAUAGUCAAUGCCUUUUUGUGAGGUACGAGCAUGUGUUUAUGCGUGUAUGACUGUAUGACUGUGUGUGUGUCCGUGUGUGUUUUUUUCCGCAAUAAUGGGUACAGGGGAAUAUUUGCAUGUUGCACACAUACACCAUUUUUUUUUUAUCUCUCAUUCACUACAGAAAACAACACUGUGCUUUAAUUGUGUGGCCUUGAGUGAUUCUAGAAGUUUCCCUGUGUAUAUUAUGAGUGGUUGUGUGAAGUUGUUUAUGCUUGCAACUUUGUUGUUUGAGUUGUUUCAGUCUUACUGUGAGGUUCCGCACCAUGACUGACCGGUCGCUUCUGUGCACUAUACAGAAAUAAACCAAAGAGCCUGUA